GGGCAGGAGCGCCGGGCACGCGCCUCAGGGACGAGGACAGGGGCGCGUGUGCGCGCGAGGCUGGGAGCGCCAGGCGCGCGCGGGGCCCGUCGAGAGCCCUAAGGAGCCACAAUAGGCCAGAAGGCGCGCGCGUCCCCGAGGGACUGGCGGACGCGGGGCCGCGCGCCCCUGGCUCGGCUCCCUUCCCCUCCCCCCGCCCGUCGCCCUCGCUCUCCCCCGGGCGGCCGGAGACGGCGGCGGCGUCUGCGGGAAGCCGUGUGUCUCCGCAGUGACGUGGGCGGGCCGAGCGCCCGGUGACGUCAGAGGCUGUGUGUAGCGAUGUGUGUGGGGUUCGGAGCGGCGCCGGCACUGCGAAGGGCGCGGGUGAGCGGCAGCGACGGCGGCGGGCACAGAUCAAUUAAAAGAAGAAUGAACUGUAACCGCUGAAGAGAACUGGGCAGUUUUUCAUUUCAUGUUUUUUUUUUUUUUGUUACAGAAGUGGAGCUGGAGGUGGUUCUUAUUGGUGUGGAGAUUUAGACAAAUCUUCAGUUUCCCAGCACACAACAACAGGCUACUGUCUUCAUUGAGGCUAUCCCCCUCUUCUUUUUUGGCAAAAAUUAAAUCCAGUUGCUAAGUUGUGUUUGGGUCUAAAUUUUAUGAUAGCAUAAAGACAUAUGCUUUGGUUAAAAAAUCAAAAUAACCAAACUCAACCAUCGCACUGAACCAUGGACAUCUUGAAUUGAAACGUUAACCGUAUUUUAAUAGAAAUAUCCGAAGAACUCAAGACAACAAGGUUUUCCUCAGGAGUGUGGUUAUUUUUUGUUAUUAGAAGAAAAAUGAGAAAUUUUAUAAUGUUUGCAGUGGUGUUAUCCUAGGGUACCACAGAAACAAAACCACACUGCAAAAACUAUUGGGUAAGAAAAUUCAUCUUUGGAAACAAAAUUUUCCAUGAGUGAGUCAUAAGUAUUUGUAUAUAUUACUCGUCUCAAAAUAAGCAACUGAAUUAAAAUGCCAGUCUCAGUCUUAAUUAUUUAAAACACCAGUGUAGCCAUGGAGAGCCUACAGACAAAUUUCUCCUUGGUUCAGGGCUCAAAUAAAAAACUGCAUGAGGUGGGGGAUGAUGGCAGCCCUCCAGCGAAGAAAAUGAUGUUGGACAUUCAUGCGAAUGGAAAAGUGCCGAGCAAGGUGCUGACCGUGAAGAAGGAGCACUUGGAUGACUAUGGAGAUGCACCGAUGGAAAGCGAUGGCGAGCAGGCCAAGCGCAGCUGUACUUCAGUGCCUGAAACUUUAAAUUUAAAUCCCAGUCUGAAACACACGUUGGCACAAUUCCACUUAAGUAGUCAGAGCUCUUUGGGGGGACCAGCAGCAUUUUCUGCUCGGUAUUCCCAAGAAAGCAUGUCACCCACUGUAUUUCUGCCUCUUCCGUCUCCUCAGGUUCUCCCGGGCCCUCUGCUCAUCCCUUCUGAUAGCUCCACGGAGCUCACCCAGACUGUUCUGGAAGGGGAGUCUAUUUCUUGUUUUCAAGUUGGAGGAGAAAAGAGACUCUGUUUGCCCCAAGUCUUAAAUUCCGUUCUUCGAGAAUUUUCACUCCAGCAAAUAAACACAGUGUGUGAUGAGUUAUACAUAUAUUGCUCAAGGUGUACUUCAGACCAGCUUCAUAUCCUGAAGGUCCUGGGAAUACUUCCAUUCAAUGCCCCAUCCUGUGGGCUGAUCACGUUGACUGAUGCACAAAGACUGUGUAAUGCUUUAUUGCGACCACGGACUUUCCCUCAAAAUGGUAGCAUACUUCCUGCUAAGAACUCUCUGGCCCAGUUAAAGGAAACUGGCAGUGCCUUUGAAGUGGAGCAUGAGUGCCUGGGCAAAUGUCAGGGUCUCUUUGCGCCUCAGUUCUAUGUUCAGCCUGAUGCUCCCUGUAUCCAGUGUCUGGAGUGCUGUGGAAUGUUCGCGCCCCAGACCUUCGUGAUGCAUUCGCACAGGUCACCUGACAAGAGAACUUGCCACUGGGGCUUUGAGUCAGCCAAGUGGCAUUGUUACCUUCACGUGAACCAGAAAUACUUAGGGACACCUGAAGAAAAGAAACUGAAGAUGAUUUUGGAAGAAAUGAAGGAGAAGUUUAACUUGAGAAACGGAAAGAGAACCCAGUCCAAGACAGAUGCCCCAUCAGGAAUGGACUUGCCAUCGUGGUAUCCUGUUAUAAAACAGGAAGGUGACCCUGUUCCUCAGACACACUCGUUUUUACACCCCAGCUACUACUUGUACAUGUGUGACAAAGUGGUUGCACCAAAUGUGUCACUCACUUCUGCUGUGUCCCAGUCUAAAGAGGCCACGAAGACAGAGCAAAGUAAGUCCUUCUCCAGACAGUCAGAAAAGCCUCACGAUAGUAAUAAACAUCAAAAGACAGUAUCUUACCCAGAUGUCUCACUUGAGGAACAGGAGAAAAUGGAUUUAAAAACAAGUAGAGAAUUAUACAACCGUUUAGAUCCAUCAGUCUCAAAUAAUUCUACAAGUAAAAAGAAAUCUGAGUCUGCAGUUUGCAGAAUAGUAAGAGACACAAGCAAGCAUGACCCUGCAGUUUCCUCGCCACUUCUGGUCAAAGACGUUAUUUGUGAGGAUGACAAGGGGAAAAUCAUGGAAGAAGUAAUGAGAACUUACGUAAAACAACAGGAGAAGCUGAAUUUAAUUUUGCAAAAGAAGCAACAGCUUCAGAUGGAAGUGGAAAUGUUGAGCAGCUCAAAGGCAAUGAAGGAGCUCACUGAAGAGCAGCAGAAUUUACAGAAAGAGCUUGAAUCUUUGCAGAACGAACAUGCUCAGAAAAUGGAAGAAUUUUACAUUGAACAGAGAGACUUAGAGAAAAAAUUGGAGCAAGUAAUGAAGCAAAAGUGCACCUGUGACUCAAAUUUAGAAAAAGACAGAGAGGCUGAGUACGCUGCACAGUUGGCAGAACUGAGGCAAAGAUUGGACCAUGCUGAGGCAGAUAGGCAAGAGCUCCAAGAUGAACUGAGGCAGGAGCGGGAGGCCAGACAGAAGUUGGAGAUGAUGAUAAAAGAACUGAAGCUGCAGAUUGGGAAAUCAUCAAAGACUGCUAAGGAAUAGGGACCAGUGAAGAGAUGCAUCUGGAUUUUGCUGACAGGAUUUUAUGUUUGUUGCUUGCUUCGGUAAUUGAAUUCUGAACAUCUCAUCUGCAUGAAGAUAAUUAGGCAUUCUGUUCAUUUGUAGGUCAGCAAAAGUGAAGAGAUUAUAUAUUCACACAUACAUUUUUACAUUUUCUAAAUGAAUGGAAACAUGUAUGUUUUAUUGUGCUUUUUUUCCUCCAGUCAGCUUUAGUAGUGAUACUAUAUAAUUUCAACUUGUAAGUAGACUGCCUGUAUUUCUAAUUCAAACUUAACAAUUGCAUACUUUUUAAAAGCUGCAUUAUGUGAUGGAAAAUAGUUGUGCUAGUUUUGUUAAGCAUAUUUCAGACUAGAUUUUAGAAACAGUGGUGGCAUCAUAGUUCAGAUACAUGAUGUAGACUACAUUGUGGGGGUUGAAUUUCCAUUUUUCUCAUUCAUAGAAUCUAAGUUGCUGUAGCAUACUCAUUUUCUGAAUACCAAGUUUGUUUUUACUUUGUUCAGCUUGUAGGAUGCAUUUCCACUGGUUUUAAUGCCUCUUUAGAGGAAUUUUACUGAUGGGAGUUACAGCCCCCCAUGGGGAAAGAAAACAUGUGUUGUGCCUGCUGCUGAACACAAGAAGCAGUUGUAAUUUGUCUUUCAUUUUAAGUGUAGAUCUAUCUAGAAUUUUUUUCACUGACUUCAGUAAAUUAAAAUAAUUUCCGAACUUUUGUUAAUAGCAGUGUGAAAAUGCUAAUGUUUUUGAGAAAAAUGGAUUCCAUUAAUGUAUGUUGGUUUCUAUACAAUCCAUAAUCCUCCUGUACAGUUUUUAUAUGGGUCUUAAUGAAAUUUAUAUAAUGGACUUGUUUUCUUUUAAAUUAUAAAAUAUUAAAUACCUUGAAGGUUACUUUGGACUUUUGUAUGUUUAAAUAUUACCCAAACAUUUGCACAAAUGGACCAUAAUGACUCUUUAAUAUUAAAUCAGGAAUUUACAGUCAGCUGUUAAUGUAGGUUGAUAAAGGACAGUUGAAAUGUCUGGUACCAACAGGAUUUUUAAAUAAUUUAUAGAUGACAAAGGAAUUCCAUGAUUUGGGGGAGGGGAGCCUCUGCACUUUCGUUGUUUUUCAUUUUGUGCAGAAAAGUCUGUUAUUUUUAUAGCAAAUUUUACAUUAGUUGAUGCUCAAUUUGGUUUAAAAGUUAUUAGGUAAAAUUCUCUGUGGGCAUUAUGUUUCUUAUUUCUUUAUUCUUCAGUGUCACUAUGUAGCCAUGGUUGACCUGGAACUCAAUAUGUGGACCAGGGUGGCCUUCAUCUUGCAGUGAUCCUCCUGCCUCUGUCUCCCAGGUGUUGGGAUUACAGUCAUGUGCCACCACACCUAACUAGUAUGAGGUUUUUUUAAAGAGGUUUCCUGAAACCUCCACUGAUGCUAUUAGCUCACCAGGUUUGCGUUUCUCAUGUUCUCGUGUACGGUACUAUGUGAAACUGCUUAAGGGAACUAUGUUUAGAAAUGAAUUACAGCUGUGGUUGUGGACUGUGCUCUCACAGUGUAGAUCUUCAGGGGCCUCUGGGUUCCCACUUACCUGGGUAUGGCAUAUUUUGUUUCAUGGUACUCAUAUCUAAAGGGAACUUACGUGCUUUCCAAAAAGGAGUUUGUUUCCUCAGUAUACUGUGAGGUAGUGUAUAUUUGCAUUUAAUCUUCACUAUAUUAGCCCUGUAAUUUAAUUUGUUGAUUUUUGGGACUCUCCUCUAGGAGGCACAAAUGUUAAAACAUUUUUCCUGAAUGAUUCUGGAGAAAGGAAAAUUCACUGUCAUAAAAUAGCUUUGGUUAGGUUGUGAACUAGUUGUAUCACAGCUCAGACUUUUGGAAAUACCACUUAACUUUUCUAAUUCACUCAAGCUUUGUGCUUGUGUGUUACUUAGCAAAUUGAUAAAGUUCUGUAAGUUUCAACCCAAACCUUUCCAAAUAUAUUGCUCUUUCUUGAAAAUAUGUUAUUUUAGAAUUCUAAGUGGCUCUUAAACAGCAUAUUAUUAUGAACUCUUAAUUUAGAAUUGAAGGUAGUUUUUUCUAGUCCUUCACGUGAUGAAACUUGCCAUGUGACACUACUUAGCAUAGCCUUUAUUUUCUAGAACAUACAAGGAUGUGCCAGUUUUGUCUUUCUUGGAAAUAAUUUUUUAAUCAAUUGUAAAUAUUAUACCUAUUACUGUUGAAAGUAACUUUUAAGUUAAAUUGCACCAUAUAGCUUGAAAAUAAAAUUGAAAAUUUGUAACACCUUAAAAGUGACCUCUGCUAAAAUAUCCAUUUAAAACUUUUUUCUAUUCUUUGCAUGCUUAUUUUAUGUGCUGGUUGCUAUCUUUAAAAGUUUGUUUUGCCAGGCGUGGUGGCACAUGCCUUUAAUCCCAGCACUUGGGAGGCAGAGGCAGGUGGAUCUCUGUGAGUUUGAGGCCAGCCUGGUCUCUAUUAUCGAAACCAGGCCAGCUGUGGAUACUGGGAGACCUUGUCUCAAAAAGACCAAAAAAAAAAAAAAAAAAAACAACAAACAAACAAACAAAAAACUAAAGUGUGUUUUGGUGUUAGUUUUUGUGUGUUGUACCAAGUUCACUAGGCAAGUGGAUUUUUCCUCAGACUCCAUGAUGUUAUUCUGUUUAGGAAAAAUAAUGAAGAUUAAAAACUGUUAAGGAAUGACCUACACAGUUUUGCUCCGGCAUCUGUGGAACAAAGACGAUACUGGCUUUGGUACUGAAUGAUGACUGUUUAGUUUGGUGGUGGUAGUUUCUCUAUAGUCCAAAUUUGAUGAGGAAAUUGUACCAAAUUUAUAAAGACAAAGUGUGCAAGCUCUGCUACCAUUGAGGAAGUUUGUAAGCCACCCUAAAAUUAUAACUGAAACUUGAAACACUAUGAAAAGAUUUGACCAACACCCUAGGUUUUGCUUGUGCUUUAAUUUUGUUUGAAAUGUGUCCUUUUGCUUGAAUUUCUGUCUUUGAGAAUUAGGAUGUUUUAUGCUUCUUGAGCUAAUUUUAUAACAUAUUUAAUAUAUAACCUGUUUAUAUGUAAAAUCUUUUGUACAGGGGUAAGAGGGAGAAAUGGAAAAAUGAUUUGUACGUAAUGAAUUAUGAAGCAGUGAGUAAAGUGGGUGAAAUAGACCCAGUACCAUGGUGUUUGCAGGUUAUUCAUGUCUUUGAAAGAUGCCAGAGCAGCCAGUUACUUGCACAUUUGUGGCUUUUGUUUGAAGAAAGCAAAAUCAUGGAGACUAAAGUACUAAACAUACCGAGUAUUUCCCUGAAGAGAAUUGUGAAGCUGGUACUGAAGGCUUUGAUCAGCUUCUGAAAGUUUUUUCUCAGUAAGACACACUUUUUUAUCACAUAGGGAAGAUGCUAAUUAUUACUUGUCCUUUGUGCAUUUAAUCCAUAUGCAGGACAUUAAAAAGUAACAUGAAAGAUUGUGCUUAUACUGUACAGCUACUCCUGUGCUUGGAACUUCUUAUUAACAGUUUUUAUGGAUGCUGCCAGCAAUAAGGGACAUAGAACUGCUGUAUUAUAUAUUAUACUUGCAGAAUUGAGAAACUUAAAGAGAGCUUAAUUUUUUUUUUCUAGUGUAAGAUACUUAAGCAUUUUCACUGUUGGAAGAAAAGUAUAUAUGGGUAUUUGGUAUUGUAUCUUGUUUAAAAAGACAGUCUUUCUUUUUUAAUCUUUCUACUUAAAUGGCUUUUAAAACUAUAAUGCAAUUUGGAGCUUUGUUUAGAUAUAGAAUUAAAUGUCUUACAUAGUGCUACUGUUUUGGAGUUAGACAGUGAUCAAAUGUAAAACAGAUUUUAAAAUUAAGCCCAGAAAACAAAAUAGUGUUUAAAGUUAGUUUAGUAUAAAAUAAAUUUAUAAGAUUUUUUUUCAAUAUAGAUACCUCACUUGAAAAUAAAAAAGCACAGCAUACUUAAAGUAAUUCUCAUAAAACAUCCUACUGAAAUAAUUGCUAAAUCUAGGACAUCUUUUGAAUAGUUUGUGAUAAAAUAUAGUUGCUUUUAGCUUUUGUGCUAGAAGCAUUUAUUUAUCUUGAUUUUAAGCCAAUGUAAUAGACUUAAAUUAUUACUGCAUUUCUAGUGAAGACAGUAAAUUAAUUAUCUGUUCUGCAACUAUUGAAACAAAUUGACUAUAUUAAGCAUAAUAAUUCAGUUUAUAAUUUUAUAGUUUAACGAUUAAAAUUGCUGUGGUUGGUUGCAUUACAUGACACACAAGACUGUCCUCUACCUCACGUGAAAUAAAUAUUUUAUAUGGUUUUACUAAAAAAUAAGACUCAUCUAUCUGGUCACUUAGUUUACAAAUUUUGAAUUAUAUUUAUUGAAACCUGACAUACUGCGCUCUCAGCUUAUACCUCAAUUGUAUUUCAUGCUGUUCUCCAUUUUCAUGCCUUGUACAUAACUUGUAUAGAUUGUGGAUGAGAUCCGAAUAAAAACUUCUAAUGCCAAUGACA